AAACAAAACUAAAUCCCAAACAUCUCAGCCAUCCAAGCCGGUCAAACAGCGGCAGCAGCCAAGCGAGCAAAAGCAAGCAGAGCACGAACAAGCAAGCUGCAAGCAAGAGGAAGCCUGAGGAAGCCCCUGCGAAUUUGUAGAGAUACUUGGAGGUGCCGGUUGACAGAGAAACUAUUUAUUAAUUUUGUAAUUAGAGCGAACUCAUAUUAGUGUCAAAUAUGGCUAUUAGAACAUACGGUGACAAACCAAUAAGUUUCCAAGUCGAAGAAAAUGGGGAAUAUUACUGUAUUGGUUCUGAGGUGGGAAACUACCUACGAUUAUUUCGUGGGUCCCUAUACAAGAAAUAUCCUGGCAUGUUCAGGAGGAGUAUAACAAAUGAAGAAAGAAAAAAACUUGUUGAAUUGGGUCUAAGUCAGCAUGUUUUGGCAUCAAGUGUAUCUUUACUACGUGCUUCGGAAGUAGAAGAUAUCAUAGAAGGCAAUGAUGAAAAGUAUAAAGCAGUUUCAGUUCAUUCUUCUGAACCACCAGUCCCAAGAGAAAGUAAAUCAAAGAAGAGUAUGCCAUGGGUCCCAUCUUUACCCAAUAGUUCACAUCUUGAUGCAGUUCCGCAAGCAACUGCUAUCAAUAGAAACAGAGUUAAUAACAAAAAGGUCCGGACAUUCCCAUUAUGCUUUGAUGACACUGAUCCAGCUUCAAUUCUUGAGAAUGCUUCUCAAAUGGAAGUCCUAGUACCAAUUCGACUGGAUAUGGAAAUAGAAGGACAAAAGUUAAGGGACACUUUCACAUGGAAUAAGAAUGAGAGCUUAAUUACACCAGAGCAAUUUGCAGAAGUGUUAUGUGAUGAUUUGGAUCUCAAUCCUUUGACAUUUGUUCCUGCUAUUGCCCAAGCCAUUCGCCAACAAAUUGAUGGUUUUCCUACUGAUACAAUAAUAGAAGAGAACAGCGAUCAGAGAGUUAUAAUCAAGUUGAAUAUUCACGUGGGAAACACAUCUCUGGUGGAUCAAGUGGAAUGGGACAUGAGUGAGAAAGACAACAAUCCAGAGCAGUUUGCCAUGAAAUUGUGUGCAGAACUGGGCCUGGGUGGAGAAUUUGUUACUGCUAUUGCUUACAGCAUCCGUGGACAAUUGAGUUGGCAUCAAAGGACAUAUGCUUUUAGGCAAGUACCGACUCUUUUAAUUUUCUGUAGUUCUACUCAUUGUGCAACAGAUGAGGCACCUCUCCCUACUGUAGAAGUUCCUUUCCGACCUCCAUCAGAAGCUGACCAGUGGGCACCUUUCCUUGAAACUCUGACUGAUGCAGAGAUGGAAAAGAAAAUUAGAGACCAAGACAGAAAUACUAGAAAUCUACAGUUUCGAAAUCCUUUUCUUCGCCCAUGGAUGAAAGACGCCGGCGCCGCUGCAGCUGCUGGCGGCGGCAACAUGGGUAUAAAGGGUAUUAUUGCAGGUGGGAUCACUGGAGGCAUUGAAAUUUGCAUUACAUAUCCUACUGAAUAUGUCAAGACACAACUGCAGUUAGAUGAGAAAUCAGGGAAAGCAAAGCAAUAUACUGGUAUUUUGGACUGUGUAAAAAAAACUGUUCGCAAUCAUGGAUUCUUUGGACUAUAUAGAGGCCUUAGUGUCUUAUUGUAUGGUUCAAUACCCAAAUCUGCUGUCAGAUUUGGUGCAUUUGAAACUUUUAAAAAGCAUGCUGUGGAUGAUAAAGGUAACCUGACUGCAGGAACACGCUUACUUUGUGGUCUGGGAGCUGGAAUUUGUGAAGCAAUUUUUGCUGUUACUCCAAUGGAGACAGUUAAAGUAAAAUUCAUCAAUGACCAAAGAUCUGCUAAUCCUAAGUUUAAGGGCUUUUUCCAUGGUGUGAGACAUAUUAUUGCAGAACAAGGAUUGAGAGGUGUAUAUCAAGGAGUAACAGCUACCAUUAUGAAGCAAGGAAGCAACCAGGCUAUACGUUUUUUUGUCAUGGAAACCCUGAAGGAUUGGUACAGAGAUGGUGACCCUACGAAACCUGUUCCCAAACCAAUUGUAGGUGCUUUUGGUGCAGUUGCUGGUGCUGCAUCUGUAUUUGGAAAUACGCCUAUUGAUGUUGUUAAGACACGAAUGCAGGGACUGGAAGCUUCAAAGUACAAGAAUACUUUAGAUUGCUUCCUUAAAAUUUGGAAAAAUGAAGGACCUUUUGCAUUUUACAAAGGUACUGUGCCUAGACUGAGUCGUGUUUGUCUUGAUGUUGCAAUUACAUUCAUGAUCUACGAUUCAUUCAUGGAAUUUUUCAAUGCUGUUUGGAAAUGAUAGCACAAGAUGAGAAAAUUCGGAACAUAUCAUCUUGGUAGUAUUAAAUAUUUAAUUGCAUUACCAUAAGGUUCGCAAAAUAUGUGGAUUGUACUGGGAGAUAAUGUUUUUAAGUUGGUACUAUGUGAUUUUGUGAUUCAUUGGGAAAUGAUUCUCAAAAAAUUUGUUUUCAAGAUGCAAGAGUGUGAAAAAUUGUAUGGUUAUAUAUUGUACAUUAGUAUUUGCUGUUGACUCAUCAAUUACUGCCUUUCCAAAUGAUGACAUAUUUAUAGGCCAUUCUCAUGGCAUACAUUAUAAGACUGAUUGAUGGGCUAAAUAAGAUGCACAUUGACAUUCCUGGCAAGUUUGAGAAACGGUUAAUUCCAAAAGCAUUGAGUAAAUGAUUUUAAUUGUACGUUAAUUUAAACACACUACAUUUCUUUUUAGUAAGAUAUUGAUAGUACAAUGUCUAUUAUUGUGGACCAAAAAUAUAAUUGACAAAUGUAUUUUUUAUAUUAUAUAUUUUAAAGCUCUCAAUCAGAAUUAUUGCUUGAUUAUUUUAUAUUGAAUUUAAUUCCACUAUUUAUGAAUGUGCAAUAAAUAGACAUAUUUUCUGUUAAGUAUAAGGUAGCACUGUUAAGUUUGUGUGUCCAGUACAUGAACAUUGGAUGAGCUUUCCUGUGCAUAAAUGACCAAGAAUUAAUGCUUAAAAGUGAGGAGAUUUCAAUGAAGUUAAAAUGAUCAGACUACUAUCUGUUGGAACUUGAAGUAAGAGAGCAAAAUAAUUAAUAUUUAUAAAGAAUAUUUACGUAAUUGGGUAUAUAGGAGAAAAUGUUCAUAAUGCUGUGUUGUAACAGUAAAAAUUGAACAUAUAUAUUUCUUCAUACAUUCUUGAAAUCCAGUAGGUGCAAUUUGAAAGUAUGACUACAUGAAUUAGUGUUACCUUAUUUAUAUGAAAUCUAUCAUUUGAAAAUAUUUGUUCAGGAAAACUUUCUUGCCAUAGUCAUUUGAAUCUGGUUCUUUAUAUGUAAUGUUUGACUAAUCAGACAGCUGACAAAAAACUUGAUUUUUUAUUAUGUUAUUGUUGCAAAGUUUAUAUUUGUUGAUAAUUUCUUUCAUUUAUUUUCUUAAAUAAAAGACUUGUGAUAGAGCAUUGUUCCAUGUAAUCUCAGCAUACAUUUGGUUAUAUUGUUUAUUGUAUUUGUGAAAGCUUUCAUUGUCUUUUAGACUUCCUGGUUUUAGAGAUAAAUGUUAAUGUUAAAUACAACCUCAUCAUGUUAAGAACAUAGUAUGGAAAGGUACAUAAUUUGUUAUGAAAUGUAUAAAGUUACAUUGCUUUUUUCUCAUUUUAGCUGUGAGUUAUAGAUUUUAAGAGAAAAAUUAUUUUUGUUAAUUGAGAUUUCAUUACAUCAAUUUUUAAGAUCUUUUGAUAUAGGAAUCAUGUGUUCAAUUACUUUGAUUAUAUAUAUUAUGUAUGUGUAUAUACAUACACAGUGGUGUUCAAUGUUUUGCAAAUUCAAUGAUAACUUUGGCUUAUUAUCAUUUCACUGGAACUUGCAGAACACUCUGUUUGGUAAUUAGAACAAUGUGAUGCUAAAAGGUAUUCUGCUAGAAAUUUUGUUCGUUAAAAGUAUGCAAUGCAUUUUGUGAAAUAUGAGAUAUAAUGCUCUUUUUAUGUGUGUUUGUAUGUGUGGGUGACAUGACAACUAUUAAAAGAAUAUUGUUACCAAGUGGAUUGUUUUUAUUGUUACUCUUGCGAAUGCUCUUUUGAGGAUUAUGAGCUUCACUGCCAGGGCAUGAGACAUAUUCCCAUAAUUUUCUGGUAUGUGUGGUAUAUUGGUGGGGACACCCUGGCAACUGAACUUCUAUGUAUUGAAUCAUUACUCCUAAUAAUUUGGCUAUAGUCAGCAUAUACUAAUGAAUGUGUGAUGCAUUGGCGAUAUUUGUCUCAAUUUACAGUGUAGUAGUGAAGAAUAAAUAUGUGUAAGUAUGUAUUUGGCAUUUUAAGGUUAGAUUAAUCCAACUUAUGCAAGCUAUCAGUGUUCC